CGCCCAGCGGGAGCAAAGCUGCCCGGUUUUGUGACGCGCUGGCCAACUUAAUGUCCGCGAUCGUGGUGGGCGCUGUGGCUGGUGCGCGGAGGUUGGACUGGGUUAUGCUUUCCUUUUCAGCGCUCGUUGUCCUGCACCUGCUCUGCCGACAUGGAGCUACACACGGAGCUGCGGGAGGGGCCAGGACGAAGCCAAUCGAGAGGGGAGUGUACGUAUGGGAGGAAGGCGCAGGGCAAUGUGGUGCAGUGCAGUGCGGUGCAGGCGCGCAUUGACGGUCGCACACGCCCGGUAUAUAAUGUAGCCUUGUGCCUUCCCCCG